UGCAAGUUAUAUUGAUAUAGUCCAGCUGAUCGGGACUGUGAAUUCUACUGUCAUUUUCUGUUCGAUCUUACAAUGCGCACCAUGGAGGGAGCUUGGUUAUCAAUUUUUGUAGCCGUCUUGGCUUUCUCGGGUUUCGGGAUUUGUGGCUUUGGAGGACUCGGAGACGCGAGCGGAGGACAACACACAUGGCCGGACAGUGAGACACCAUGGCCGGACAGUACGGCACCAUCUCCGGACAGUGAUUUGGACGUUCGUCAGUAUUUCAACGCAGAAUGUGAAGACAAAUUGAAUGAUCAGAUUCAGGAGGAGCUAAAAGCCAGCCAUCUUUACUUGUCAAUGGCUUAUUACUUUUCCCGUUCCGAUGUCGCUCUCUACGGCUUCCACAAGUUCUUCAAGAAGAUGUCCGAUGAGGAACGCGAGCAUGGACAGGUGUUGAUGGAGUAUGUCAACAAGAGGGGCGGCACCGUCAGUAUGACACCAUCCCUGACAUUCACUCACCAGAAUAAGUUGCAGACCGGAAACUGGGACAGUGCCCUGCACUCAAUGAAAGAAGCCAUGAAACUUGAACAUCAUGUCAACAAACACCUCAAGGAGAAGGUGCACAAGUGUGCCGUCGAUCAUGACGACGCUCAUCUGCAAGACUUCAUCGAAAACACCUUCCUAACCGAACAGGUUGACUCCAUCAAAGAGCUCGGCGACUACAUUACUAAGAUUACACGACUCGGACAUGGCGUUGGUCUUCAUAUGUUUGAUAAGGAAUUGCAAUAAGCGGAAAAGUAGCAGAGCCGACUCUAAUGAUAAUAUCAACUAACUUUUCACAGAAAUAAUUGUGGAUUACUCCAUAUGAUUUGAUACUUUUGAAACAAAAUACGCGCAUGGGACAAUUCUUGCCCAGUGCUUGGACAGUUCACCCCACGAAAGUUGUCCUCGGAAAAUGUUUCCCUUCGGAAUAUGUCUCGUUGUUCCCAAUAUCUUCCUUGAGACAAUUCGCUAAAAGGUUGCCCGGCCUGCCCGGCCAUCGGUCUUUAAACGAAGCACGGGAUUAUUGGUUAGGAUUGGACAUGGGCGUCUCCACCAUGGACGUCACACCCUAGUUGCAGAUUGUCCAAUGUGUCUGCCUUUGGGAACAGACGUUCGUGAUUUACGACCACACUUUCUUAUAUUGUUCCUUUUAAAUUAUAAAAAUAUCAAAUUUAGCUAAGUUGAAAACUAGUAUGUACAGUUCUCUACAUUAGAUCUCAUAUAUCACUCCGUCAUUGAGAAGUAACAGUAUAAAAUAGAUGUGGUGUUAUUCAAACAGACAUGACGCCAUUAUUUGGUUACUUGAAUUGCGACACCCUUGUUUGGAUAGCCUAUAUUUUAUAAAUAGGCGUUCAAUGAAGAAAUGUGAAGUCAUCAUUUGUAUUUGUAAUUACAUGUAGUUGAUGAAAUUAACCGGGUAAACAGUUCUGGUCAGUAACAACAUGCCUUUUAUACCAGUUGUGCAUGAUACUAAGACAAGGACAAGUGGUAUGUUAUUUUUGACCAGUACUGUACUCCCAAGUUUAAAUUAACGUGUAUCUCUUAAUACUGAAAGGUGUUCAUACAUUUGAUUAAAUAUUUUGAAAUGAUAAUAAAAAACAACUCUGCUUUC